GGUUCCUCAAAUAGAUUCUUCCUGUAUGCUCAGAAGGGACAGUCCCUUGCUCAUGUUUUUGUCGAUAAAUAGGAGAAGGGUUCAGGUCAGGAGAUCAGACAUCGCAAACACUCGACUCAGUGAGAAGGAAAGUGAAGAGAACCACACGCAGCGUCUUGCAAACUCGUUCGUUUCUCAUUCUUGACUGCGUAGUACCCAUCGACUGUUUAGGCCUCAUAAGACCGAUACAUUCACUUGCCUUGUACACCAACCUAUUGGCACCAAAAUGGAGAUGUUUCUUUGCAGUCUGUUUAUGACAUCUGCACUAUUGGUGUGCGUGUUGCCGUCUGCCCACCUGGCAGUGAUAAUUGAUGGUAGUGGUGAUGAUGAAUGGUCAUCCUUGGUGUACCGUGUCCGUGGCUUACGCUCCACAUCCGAGUCAGAUGCACAGCCCGCAACCAUAACGGCCACACUGAGACCUUUGAAUCCGAGCGUACCAGAAGGAGGACAGAUCAGGCUGAUCUGUACCGGCGUAACCCCGGACGCGGACUGUGAAUACAAGAGCUUUCUGUACAAAGUGGAGGGUAACAGCGAAAUGGGAGACGUUAGACCCGUGCAAGCCAGCAAUCCGACAUCGUCCCAAAAUUGCAGCUGCUAUACUGGACGUUGCUUAUCAAGCACGAUUUUCGUCAUGACAGCCACUCUGCAGGCUGCCGGCACGUACGGGUGCGUGGUGCUUCCAAACGGUCAGCCGCAACCAACAUCAGAGAUUCCCCGCAGUGGCGAACCGGGUAAUCGGACCCCCGAGACGAACGUUACCGUAUGCGAGGAACCAGAUCUAAGUCUGCACGAACGCAGCAACGGCAACUUCACCACCGUGAAUGCCAGCGAAAACUGCAACUUCGAGGGUGAGCUGAGCUGGCGGAUCAACGGCCACCCCGUCCCCCGGGAGUCGGCGUCUCCCGCCCCGUCGGCCGGGCUCUCGCCGCCCGCCGCCGUUCACAGGGACAACGACCUGCUGGCAAUCAGCAAAUGCGACCGCUGGGCCACGAGGACCCCGUGCACAGUCACAGCAGAAUUCACGUACAUCUCGGCACGUCGCUUGAAAGUCGCCCACAUAUCGACAGAUAUUCAUGCAGAUUGCUGCGUUGACCUUCCAUCAACUGUGGUUCCCACUAAGCCUCUCCUGACACAGCGACCCCAGGGACUUCUUACGACUAUUAUGGCACCCACCUGGCAAGAGAAAUGGGACCUGAAGAAGAAAGUCUUGGAACUGAAGGAGGAGCUUCUGCCCCUCCAGAUUAAAUUCUUCAAGAAAUGGAGUCGAAACAGCCCCAAAAAUAUGCCUGCUCAAGUCAUCGCAGAGGCGGCCUCCGAUGAUUAGUUGAACUCCAAGGGACAUCUUUUCUUCCUCCAUUAUAUCUAAAUUUGGUUUUGCGUAUUUGGAUUAAAUGUUAUGGAACACUACGGCACGUGACCCUGGGCAUGCGCACGAGUGUCUUGUUACUUCAUCGUGUAAGCUAGAUUCUCAUCCUGUUUUACCAAAAAAAAAAAAAACGAAUUUAAUUUGUAUGUUAGCGAAAGUGCUCCUUUAUCCGAUUUUGGGCGUCUGCAACUUUAUGAAAAAAAUUGCUUUGAUUUUGCGCCAAAAAACAAUCAACCCACUCUGCUAGAGCCGAAUUAUUGUCUGGCAGACAAUAAGUCGAAUUUUAGGAAGAAAUAAUUCAAUAACUACACGUCCAUGUCUCAUUCAACAGUGAAUAACUUUUAUAUUGCUAUAAAACGGCAAUUGCAAAAAAAAAAAAAACAUUUGUUAAGGUGAAACUCGAAAAUAGUUCGAGGAGUACAUCUUUUAUGUAGCUUAUCAUGUCACCUGCUGUCAUGUAGCCUGUUGGCAAGGAAAUUGAUAACAUUUAAUAGUUUAGCAUAAUAUAUUGGAAUGAAGAGCUGAGUUACAGGAACAUAAUUGCAUUAUUUUUAAUUAAUUUUAUAUGCUUAUUAACAGUGCAUUAAGUAAUAUAUAUAUACAUGUAUAUGCUUGUAGGAUUUAAACGCAUUUUAUAACUUUUGUAAUAUAGGCCUACUUCAAGUCAUUCCAUUAAUUUGCUACAUCGGAAUAUAGCAGUUUAUUUUAGUCUAGUGAUUUUAUUACUUUGAAAUUUUAAAUUUUCAUUCAAAUGUGAACUAUAUUGGAAGUCGAUUAGAAAUUGAAUAUUUGGCAUAUACUAAAACAAAAUGAAAAAAUUGAAAAAAAACUGAUAGAAAAUCGAGGUGUGCAAUGUAGAUUGAGAGAUUGUUAACCGAGUUGUAGAAAAGGUUCUUUUGAAAUACGGAAAUGAUAUAUAUAUUUUAUGAUUAUUACGUUUGGAUGAUUACUGUGGUUUGAACAAAAUGAUGGUUGCAGACAGUGAAAUUACCAAUGUAAAUAAUGAAUUUUAGGCCUCAUAUUGAAAAAUCUAUGUUUCUAAAGAAAGGUACCAUAAGUUUUGAUGUAAAUUAUGACAGAUUUACCAGAAAUGAUAUAUUUUGACGAUAAUAAUAUAUUUUGACAUUUAUUUCUACUUGCGGCAGUACUUUUAGCUCUUGAAUGAUGAAGCUUAAAUAAAUAAAUUUUUGUAAAAUGAACUAAUUUUUGUUGAA